UUAUAACUCAUAAGCCCCGCAAUCGUAGUGGCCGAAAUCUAUUAUCUAUUAUAAUCUAAAAGCAAAAUGUUUUGGAUGGAAAGCUUCCCGCUUGAAACUGUCGCUGUCUGAAGUGAGUCAUUCGUUUGAUCUAAUUUAUGUGCUAAAAAAUUAUAAAAUAAAAAACUGUCCUGAAACCGAGCUUCAAUGCUGUCCUGAAAUUGAUUUUGCGUGUGAUUUCAUACAAUGAAGACACUGUUGGGUUUUGAAAUCUUAGCAAACAGUGUUCCCUCCGAGUGCUUCAAUUGUUGCCAUUGGUGGGAUUUUAGGUGGGAAUAGUGAUUCUGACAGCUUUGACAGUGUUCUCUUUCUUUAUCCUUUUUCUAUUGGUGGAAUCUGAGGUGCAAACAGUGAUUGAGAUGUAAUACCAAGCUAUUUUCAACUAUAAAAUCAGGAAUCAUGUUCUUCAAUCCUCACAAUCCUUGGCAUCAACCAGAUCGCACCAAAAACAAAACCAAAGCUCUAUCGAAAAUGUUGGUAUGUGGUCUUUAUAGCUGACUGAAUUUUCUGUAGAUUUUCUUUAUAUCAUGUAAAUGUCACAUUUGAUGAGUUUAUUUUGAUCCCAAGUGUUGGGCAUAAUGCAGAUCAAAGAUUAGGUUAAUGCAGUGAUCAAAGAUUAUAUUUAGCUGUUCAAAAAACUGAAUACAAGUUGGUUGAUCAGAAAUUGUUGAUUUCGAUGUAGGUAUUUGAAAAAAUCCUGGAAAUAUUUUAUAUUUCAUGGAUGUAGUAAAAUAAAAAAUUUAUGUUCAACCCAACAGAUUAUCUAAUGAAGGUAAUUGAAGUAAUUGCUGAUUUGGAACUUUUUAGGAUAGAUCACACACACAUUUCGAAAUUUUUAGGAUAUAUAGCCUCACACACACAUACUCUCUCACACAAACAUAAAUAAAUUUAAAAGUUAGGAUGACAGAUGAAUGAACAUACCUGGAAUCUGAGUUCGUGCACCACAUCUCUUAUAUCUAACAUAUAUCGAUCUAACUAUUACAAUUACAAUUACAAUAUUUACAAAAAUGAACCUCAAAUGUACAUAACCCACAAAUACAUGUUCAGGGAGUACAAUGUUACAAGAACUGAUGAUCUCAAUUCCUGCAUGUUACAAAGUCUAGCAACUUUUGGAAUUUAAAAAGUUAAACAAUUAAUAUCAUGUGCAAGUUAUCCAAUAGACCCUUUUCGGAUACAUGUGUUCUUACCUUAAUCAUUGUGUUACUUGAUGUAAAAGGGGGUAGACAGAGUGAGUGUAGGGGAAUUUCAUUUUAACCAGAUGUAACCAAGAUGUAACCAAAACAGAACUCUUUCAAAAAUUAGUCAACAAAUAUUAGUUAACUGGACAAAUAACAAACUUACGAGUUAACAGUUUCAAAAAUGGUUCUUCCAGGUUUAAUGUGAAGAAAAUUUGCCAUUUUUAUGGAGUGUGGUUGAUCUUUGUGAAUUGUAUAGUUGUUUACAGAAAUAUGUGUUUUAAUUCUUAUCUUGAUGUGUCUAGGAAAUAAUCAUUAUGCAUUUUAUGAGGAAUUAGUGUGCAAUAUUACCAUUCCUUUGGAAUAACCAAGCAUUUGCACUUCCAUCAUGCAGCUUUCCUAAUCACAAAGUUAAUAAGGGAGUGUUUGCAACUGCUUCUGCUUAAAAAAAAGCACUUUUGGAGAUGUAAGGAAAAAGUGAUUAGUAGGAAAAGUUGAUAGUGUUUGAGAAAAAAGUGAUUUUGAAAAGUAAAAGUUGAUAGUGUUUGGUAAAAUAAGUGUUUUUUGUGUAAUAGAAAGGGGAAAAGCACUUUUCACACGCAAGCCGAGAAAAAGUAAAAAUUGGUAGUGUUUGGUAAAUAAGUGCUUUUUAAAGCCAAAAGCUGAGAAGUGCUUUUUUUAAGUGAUUGCAAACACUCCCUAAGUUUACCAGUUCCGGGUUAUUUCACAAAUUAAAAAAAUGAAGUUUUAGAAUAUGGGUGUCACCUGCGCAGUUCUCUGUAAUGUAGUCUUCAUUCAUCUGAUAGGCCCCAUUUCCUCCCAUGUGAUUGUAAAAAUGAAAUCAUAAAUGAAAAGGUUGAAAAAUCUUAGGGGAUUUAAUAGAAAAAAUAAAUAAAUUCUUACCUUUGGAUGCGCUACUCAAUCUCCCGUUCAUUGUUGGAUCUUUACAUCCUUCCUGCACAUGCAUGGUUCCUUAAAUGUUGAUAUGGGAUCCAUAGUAAUUUGUUGUUUUCUGUUUGAAUAGUUUGUAUAAGUAGUGUGUAUUACCUCGAAUGUCCGUUUUGAUUCAUCCGAUAGAAAUUGGGUACCAGAUACUUUGAAGUAGAGACGUAGAGUUGUGGAGAUUGAAGGUUUGAGAUAAAAAAUGGAGUGGGAAGAUAAGGUUGUGUUUGGGUUAUUAUUCCUGUGAGGGUAUGCUGUUCGAAACAAUGAGUGUGGGAGUGUGGGGUUGGUGUGUUGUUCAAAAUAAAUGAUGUUAGGUAGUAACAUUUGGUUUGAUAUGCAUGCCACGUUGCAAGUUAUUAGUGACAGAUGUCAAAAUCAUACGGAGUAAUAUUUAAAAAAACAGUUCAUACGUGUAAAUUUAUCUGAUGAGGGGUAUGUGUUUCAAACAAAAAAAUAUGUUUUCCCAUAAGAUUUUUCGUAUGGGCCAUUCUCGAAUAUACGAGUAAAAUAACAAAUUUUGAUAAGUACAGUUGCUUAAAAUAAUCUGAAAAAAAUAAAUAACCAAAAAAAGAUUGUACAUGUGUGAAUAAUAUAUAUUUAAUACUCCGUACGUAAUAUGCGUUUUUUUAAACAUAUAAACAUGCCUUUAAAACUGUAACAAUAACAAUGUUUUUCAAAAAGUGAUUUAAGUUUCGUUAAAAAAAAGCGAUUUAAGUUAGUUUAUUCAACAAAUGGUCGAGAAGUAUUAAACAUUGUCAGAAGUUUGGCAAUUAAAAAUAUUCACUCUAUAUUACGGAGUACAUAGUAUUAAUUAUCUACAAAUAGUUAAUCACGUCCAUUGCCUUAUUUUCAAUUAAAAAUAAAUUAUUUUUUAAUGAAAGUAAAAAUAACCUAGGUUAAAAGCAUAUAUAAAUCUAUCAUGUAUUAUCUUUAACCAUUUGUGUCAGUUUUUACAUCUUAUUCAAUUUUGAAUGAAUAUUUUUCAAAAAAUGCUUCGGUAACAGAGUAAAACUUCGAUUACAAUAUACCGAGUAUGAUAAAGAUAUGUUCCUAAUAUUGUAGUAAUAAUGACCAGUUUGUCUUAAAUUAACAACGCAAAUCAGAAAAUGAUAAAAGUAUCGGACCAUAUCCAGUGAUCUUGCAGAUCUGUAGGAUUUGAAUGUUGUUUUUUGUAAUAAAAAAAAUUAUUUUAGGUGUUUGUUCAUCUCAAAAACUAUAUUCGAAGUGUGGUGCGGUGUAGUGGAGGGAUAGAGAGUUUACCGCUGUUGUCCCGGACGACCGUUAGGUUGUGGCUGGAGGCUGAAAUCUCGCCGGACAUGUGCGGUAGAAGGUGAGAACAAGGAUUCCUUCAGCCGUCAGUGUGAUGGAGUUCCGCUGAGAUAUGUGUCGGCGAAGAAUGGGGUUCCGCUGAGAUCUGUGCCGGCUAAGAACUGGGAGGGUUUCUAUGAAGAAGGAAUGCUACUCCGUGCGUUACUUUGACAAGGUUCCAUUUGAUGGGCAUUUCUGUUCAACAAUUCCCAUGCUACUAUGGGCUGGCCCAUCCAUAUAUAAUUUUUUGUGUUGCACUUAAAGUUUGGGUGAUGCCCAAAAAUAAAUACUCCGUAAUUGGGUACUUUUGUUGGGUUGUAGAUAAUACGGAGUACACCCAGUAACUAUUGAUUUUGUGCUAUGUUUAAAAAACCCGACCUGGAAAACCGACAAAAUCGGGUAAACCAGGUUUUUGUUGCUUUUUUCUAGGAAAAAAGUUUCUUUUUUAAAAUUUAAAGCAAUUUUAACCAAUAAAAUUCUAAUUUCAACACCCAAAGGGAAAAUGCAAUAUAUUUACAUACUACUUAUUUGUUAAGAAUAAAAAUAGAUUGAAAAUGUAGAAUACAAACAACAAAUACAGAGUCUCAUCAUUUGUUUUAAUAUAUAUGAUUAAAAUGAUAUUUGGAAUAUUAUGAGACUGUUUUAACUUUUAAAUGCUUAGUAAGUAUUAUCAUUUGUUGGUUAUUAUGAAAUAACUACUUUCUACUUUAAUUUUGUAUACAAUUAUAUGUUUAUUACGAUGUGUCCUUCUAUGGUUGGCCAGUCUUAUAGAGUUGACUGGGUUGACCCAACCAAGUCUGUGUUGACCCGUGACCGUUCAUGUGCUCGGCUCGCUCCCCAGUCCCAUUUCUUUUACAGAGAUUUUGUGUAGUAGUUAGGGACAAUGAAUUUAAAUAAAUCAACUUUCGUCAGUGUACUAAUAUUGUGCAUUUUCCAAAUAUAACUGAAUUGGUGGGAAACAAAGAGUGAGUGCAAAUGAAUUUAUUGAUAUUGGAUGGUUCACUCACUCUUUAUUAUGGAUAUAAUAAUGUGAUUGUCACUUGAUGUGAAAAUUCAACAUAAGCUAUAUGACUAAAGUUCAUAUUGGAUGGUUCACUCGCCCUUUAAAUUUCACCAAUCGAGCAUCGCACUGGAGUUGUAUUUAUUUUCGAAUUAAGAACUACUAUAGAUUCUACCUAUUUAAUGUGAUUCGAAAGUUAUUGUGCUUAAAUAAUAUCAUUACUUUUCAGAUAUGGACUCAACUAACAUUUUCUCACAAAUUCAUAUUUGAGUAUUGUUUAAUAAUGUCAUAACACACUUUCACAUAUUUGCACCCCCCUGAUUUGCCAAUUUACCCGGGCAAUUCGUGUAAGAAAUGCAAUUCGUUUAAAUGCAUUGCCACAAUAUUACUUUAGAUGUUUAUACUUACACUUAUUUUAGUCUCAAACCAAACCAAACUUAAACAAACCAAACCAGUCUAUACUUGGAUAUUAGAAAUAGUAGAAGCUCCUAUUUGAACAUUUUCCCACAAAUUUAGAUUCGAGUAUAAUUCAAGAAUGACAUAACACAUUUUCACAUAUUUUACUCCCUUAUUUUAUCUAUGUAGAGAGACAAUCCGUCUAAAAAUACAAUUCGUGUAAAUUUAUAGUCACCUUAUUACUUAGUCAUUAUAAAUAAUCUACCUUCAAUUAAUUUAGAUAAACUUUUGAAAGUGAAAACAAUGGCAAAAUCAUUUGCGCAUCGCAAGGUGAGUUACUAGCAAAACAUUUUACUAAAAGAAAUGAUUUUGACAUAAGUUGGUGUGAGCUAAAAUGUAUUGAUUCCUAAGCAUUCCUAUUAACAACUUCAAAUGCUAACUGUGCGAUGCACGGUCAGUCGAUGAGAUACAGAUGUACUAUGACUGUAGAUACGUUUCUGCGUGCGAGGCUGUUUGGCGCAUAUUUGAGUUUGAAAUUCAAUAUAACACCCCAGAAGUUGAACCUAAGAGCUUCCAUUUGCCGGAAGAACUAAGUGUUGUCUUUCGCGAUGUUCAGCCUCUGGAUUCAGUGGUUCAGGCAUGUUCAGUUAAGGACAACAUGUUCACAGCAUGGAUGGAGGCCAAUGAGAAGUACCCGGAAGUAAUGUUUUUGUAUUGCGAUUUCAAUGGAUAUUUACAAUGUUAUGAUUUCAACGUGUUUGUUGGAUGUUUUUGAUAUUUUAAGUAAUGCUUGUUAAUCUCAUUUUGAUCAUAAUAUUAUAAGUGUGUUUCGAUUAAUGUUUUGAUGUAUAUUAGUAUUACAUGAAGAUAGAUGUUGUCAUCUAACUGAUAGUGUGA